ACUGCUUGACCACCGCGGAGAGGACACUUGAGGCGCAAUUUGGAGCUGAGCGGCUCGUGAUGUCCGCAGUGAGCGCGCAGCCUUUCGUAAAACCCAUGCAGUCUUCUCCCUCCGUGUCCCCCAUCCAGAGGAGGCACACGCUCCCGGCCAGUGAGGUGCGACCCCUCAACACGCAGGACGCCAUCAGCGUCUUCGAGAUUGAGAGAGAAGCGUUCAUCUCGGUGUCCGGGGAGUGCCCGUUGCACUUGGACGAGGUGCGCCACUUCCUCACGCUGUGCCCGGAGCUCUCCAUGGGCUGGUUUGAGGAGGGACGUCUGGUCGCGUUCAUCAUCGGCUCCCUGUGGGACCAGGAGCGGCUCGAAAUGGAUGCCCUCACUCUGCACAAGCCGCGAGGUUCCACAGUUCACAUCCACGUCCUAGCCGUACACAGAACGUUCCGGCAGCAGGGCAAAGGGCCCAUCCUGAUGUGGCGUUACCUGCAGUACCUGCGCUGCCUGCCCUAUGUGCGGCGCGCUGUGCUCAUGUGUGAGGACUUUCUAGUGCCUUUCUACCGGAAAUCCGGUUUCAGGUCCCUGGGCCGCUGUGCCAUCACCGUGGCAAACCUGACCUUCACCGAGAUGUGGUACCCCAUCAGUGGACACGCCUACAUGCGGCGCAACAGUGAAGCUAUCCGCUUCCCCCAGGGCCUCACUGUGCACCCCCCUCUGAGUGGGCCCCCCACCCUGAGCCAACCCCUGCCCCAAACAGAGGAGAGCAGUGAGGGGAGUGAUGUAUGACCACCAGUAACGCUACCACUGAGGCAGUUGGCGCUCUCUAACUGAGGGCUCUGUAUUUCACAGUAAAAGUCUCUGAUAUCAAUGACUCACUGAGUGGAUCUCAGUUCAAGUUUCACUUUACUUUUAGAAAUGUUGGGUUUCAUUUUUCUGCCGGCUCUUUUAGUCAACAGUCUGGUCUGAUCUCCAUAUAUCACCUGUCUGUUUUGACUGUAAAGGUACAUCUGUGCACAUGACAAUAUGUAAUAAACACAUUGUCAUGUAGCGCCGGUCAGAUCCCAUAAGUGCUGACACAGUGUGGUGAAUGUAAAGUAAUGUGUGUGCGUGUCUGUGUGUAAGCCUCUGUUUGCUUACCUUUGUCACUCCCACCUGUGCGCUGACGUCAGAGCGUGCUAUUAGCGCUUUAGCCGCUGUAAACGCCGAGGAUUUAGCCUGUGCUCACCGUGCACAGGGGUCAAUGACCUCAUUAUACUGACCCAGUCACUUGACACACUGCACAUUACACCUCACUUACACAGUUUGGAUCACCUACUAUUAUUACAUUAGUCGUACAACCAUUAAAUGUGUAAUCUAAAGUGUAAAGGUAAGGGCCAUGGUCAUCUCAUGUGCCCAAGGACCUGAGUCUCUGAUGGGGGAGUAAUCUCUGGCCAACCCCUGACUCAUGUCUAAUCCACUAACGGGCCUCUGCGCACAGUGUGGGGCCAAGGACACUGGCACUGCACAGCCACCCACACAGUGGCACAGGAGGUAAUUGCCCCAUUACUAGAAAGUUUAUAGUUUGAUUCGAAGCCAUACCUGAUAAUAAAUAAUUAUUAUGUUCACCAUAGUAGUAUUAUGAACCCCCUGUUCAGAUCAGUGUGGAUCCUGAUUGGGACAACUUACCUGAGGGAUUAGUGCACCGUGCAUGUUUUAAGUUAAUAGGGUAUCUGGAGCACCCUAAGGACACCCACCUAGACAGAGAAAGUCCACACAAAAAGGCCCCAUGUGUUUGGGAAUUGUACUUAAUGCUUAUAGGCAUUAUUGGAAUGUAUGGAAUAAAGUCAC